AUGGCAGACAAAUAUCUAGCCGAGAUCAAAAGCCGUCGAACUUGUUACUCGAUUGAGGCCAAGUCCCCAAUCAGCGAUGCCCGUAUCAUCGAAAUAGCCCAGGAAGUGGUCAAGCACACGCCCAGCUCCUUCAAUUGCCAAUCUACUCGUCUGGUAGUUCUUCUCAAAGAGGAGCAUGUUAAGUUCUGGGAUAUGGCAACAGAGUGCUUUAAAGCAACUAUGAAAUCAGCCAUCUUCGCUGAAUAUGAGAAGAAAUUACUACAGCGCCGGGCGGGCUACGGAACGAUACUACUGUUUGAAGACUUGGACGUUGUUCGAGAGUAUCAAGCCAAGUUCCCUCGAUUCGCAACACAUCUUUUUCAAUUCUCUGAGCACAACAAUGCCAUGCAGACUCUUAACCUGUGGACUGCCCUGUCUCUCGAGGGGCUCGGGUGUAACUUGCAGCACAUCAAUCCCAUCAUAGAUCAAAGGCUCAUCGGAGAAUGGGAUAUCUCACCACAAUGGUCACUGAAAGGUCAAUUAGUCUUUGGCAAGCCGACCGGUGGAACUCUGCAUGAUAAAACGUUCCUCCCAAUAGAGGACCGGUUAUUUGUUCAUGGGGUUUAG